AGGCCUUAGUUGUUAAUGACCCCGACUUCCAGCACGAGGAUUUGAACUUUCUGUCCCGUAGCCAACGCUAUGAGCAAGCCAUCAGGAAGAGCUCUCUGAUGGUGAUGAAGUUAAGAGAAUAUGGAAUUGCAGAUCCAGAGGAGAUCUACUGGUUUAAAAGCUUUGUUCAUCGUGGACGGCCUGAGCCUCUGGACCUUCAUCUGGGCAUGUUCCUCCCCACCCUUCUCACCCAGGCAACCCCAGAGCAGCAGGAUCGCUUCUUCAUGCCUGCCUGGAACCUGGAGAUCAUUGGCACUUAUGCCCAGACUGAAAUGGGCCAUGGAACUCAUCUUCGGGGUCUAGAAACUACAGCUACUUACGACCCUGCUACCCAGGAAUUCAUCCUCAAUAGCCCUACUGUGACCUCCAUUAAGUGGUGGCCAGGUGGACUUGGAAAGACAUCGAACCAUGCCAUCGUUCUGGCUCAGCUCUACACUCAGGGCCAGUGCAAAGGGCUGCAUGCCUUCAUUGUUCCCAUACGGCAGCUGGGUACCCAUGAACCUUUGCCAGGUAUUACAGUGGGUGACAUUGGGCCAAAAUUUGGUUAUGAUGAAAUGGAUAAUGGCUACCUGAAAAUGGACAACUUCAGAAUUCCUCGGGAAAACAUGCUGAUGAAAUAUGCCCAGGUUGAACCAGAUGGCACCUAUGUGAAACCACUUAGUGACAAGCUGACCUACGGGACCAUGGUGUUCAUCCGAUCUCUCAUUGUAGGCGAUUCAGCUCGCUCCCUGUCCCGGGCUUGUACCAUUGCCAUCCGCUAUAGUGCAGUGCGACACCAGUCUGAGCUAAAGCCGGGGGAACCAGAACCCCAGAUCUUGGAUUAUCAGACCCAACAAUACAAACUCUUUCCUCUCCUGGCAACAGCAUAUGCUUUUCACUUUGUGGGAGCCUACAUAAAAGACACCUACCGUCGUAUUAGUGGAGACAUCAAUGAAGGGGAUCUGAGUGAACUGCCAGAGCUCCAUGCACUGACAGCAGGGCUGAAGGCGUUCACUUCCUGGACUGCCAAUGCUGGUAUUGAGGAAUGUCGGAUGGCAUGUGGUGGGCAUGGCUACUCUCGCUGCAGUGGCACAAUCUAUGUCACAUUCACCCCAUCCUGCACCUAUGAGGGAGAAAACACAGUCAUGAUGCUGCAGACAGCUCGGUUCCUUGUCAAAAGCUACACCCAAGUUAGUUCUGGGCAGCGGGUUACUGGCAUGGUGUCCUACCUUAAUGAUCUCUCCAGGCAACGCAUUCAGCCACAGCAUGUGGCUGCUAGGACCGUGACUGUGCGGAUCAAUGAUCCAGUCAGCUUGGUAGAGGCCUACAAAGCACGUGCUGCCCGGCUUGUAGAAGCUGCAGCAAAGAAUUUGCAAGCUGAACUGAACCACAGAAAGAGCAAGGAGGAUGCCUGGAACAGAACUUCUGUUGAUCUUGUGCGAGCAUCUGAGGCACACUGUCAUUAUGUGGUAGUGAAGCUUUUCACAGCAAAGCUGUCUGAGAUCAGUAAUGCAGCUGUCCGUGCUGUCAUGACUGAGCUGUGUCUCCUGUAUGCGCUGUAUGGGAUCAGUAAGAACACAGGAGAUUUCUUGCAGGCGGGUAUUCUGACCAAUGCCCAAAUUACUCAAGUGAACCAGCAUGUGAAAGAACUCUUAGCUAUAAUUCGUCCCAACGCAAUAGCACUGGUAGACGCCUUUGACUUCCAUGAUGUUCAUCUUGGAUCUGUGCUUGGCCGGUAUGAUGGCAAUGUCUACGAGAACAUGUUUGAGUGGGCAAAGAAAUCCCCACUGAACAAAACAGAGGUUCAUGAGUCUUUCCACAAACACCUGAAGCCGAUGCAAGCCAAGCUGUGA